AUGAGUGCCUUGCGUCACCAACAGACCAAGAAGCCCAAGAAAGGACCUUGGAGGCCCGUGAUUCCCUCAACAGACUCAAGGCUCUACGCCCGCAUUAGACUCGAGGGCCCAAACCAGAUUCUGUUCCACGAGACACCCUCCACCAUGACGAAACCUGGUCUGCUCAUGACCGAAAAGAAGCCGCUUGAGCUGAAGGAGUGGAUGAUGGACUAUAUCCUGAAGGUCACGGGCCGAAAUCGCGAGGAUGAUAUACAAUUUGAGUACGGAUCACUGCGGUGGUCUACCGAAACGAAGGAGGGUGUUGCGAAAUGCAGGCUGGUGUCUGAUGAUGAUUGGGAUAAGCCGGGAGAUGGCUGUCAAGUUGAUAGCCGCCGUUUUGAAUGCAACUUUCCUUGCGGAACUCAAUGA